GGUACAUUCAAGAUAACAACGAUUCACUUCGGUAUUUGGUUAAAAAAUAAAGUUGCAGUGAAACUGAUCAGUUUUUUAGUUGAUUGGCUAUCUUUAAUUCCAAAUCAAAUGAUUAACUGAAGUACAAUAUAGCCCUAUAGGCAACGCGAGGAUGUGAGUAAAUAUUGAUUGGUUUAAAAAUGUUAAACAAACAGAGUUGGAGUCUUGAAUGCGACUUUUAGACGACUACCGUAGGGUUGACGUGAAAAUGGUGACCAUAGUGGAAGUACUGAGUCUGGUACUGGUGUCGCUGCUGUGGGGCUGCACAAACCCCUUCCUGAAAAAAGGCUGUGAGGGGCUAGAAAAUGUGACAGCAAGCAACCGAGUGUCCCAGCUGCUCGCUGAAAUCAAGUUUCUUCUCCUAAACCUGAAGUACUUGGUCCCAUUUCUUUUAAACCAGAGUGGCUCUCUGGUUUACUUUUAUACACUGUCAACCACUGACUUAUCUCUUGCUGUUCCUGUGGCGAACUCUCUCACUUUCCUUUGGACUCUGCUGACUGGCAAGCUACUGGGCGAAGAGGUCGGAGGCAAACAGGCUGUUGUGGGGAUGUUGCUCACUAUGGCCGGCAUCACUCUGUGUGUUAUGAGCUCUGUUGAAGGCAAAGAUACGGACGUAGUGAACACGAGCCAGCCUCAGCUCUAAUGGGGGAUCAAGAUUAAAGCAUAUUCUCCAGUACAGCUAGAAAGACCAAAGCAGCGUCUCUAGCAGGACUGAAGAGGACAUCUUAGAUUUAGGCAGAAACUGUUUGCAGAAAACUGUCUUGGAGGGAGAAUUGCCCCCAGAUUUACUCAUACUGGACUUCAAAAGACCUGCUAAACGAAGAAGAUGCUGAAGAGGAAGUGGGUUCAAGUAGGGUUCACUCCAGAGCUGGACCGGAUUUAUGGUGCUCACAUGGAAAAUGGUCGUUGGCUUUUACUUCUCUGGGAGAGGAAUUUCCUUAAAUGCUGUAGAGACAACAAAGUGUUAGAGGCGGGAUUGAAAAGGACCAUUUAUGUCAAAAUGUCCUCUCUUCCAAAGUUUUCUCUUAGAUUUAGGUCAAGUAAAACAACCUUCAGUUUAAAUUUUAGGGACCAAUAAAACCUUUUUGUUUGGGAAA